CUCGUUAGCGGAAGUUGCAGUACGCUUGCGGCAGCAACAGCAGCGGUGUGUGUCUCUGGCGGUUGUAGCUGUUUCUAAAAUCCCCUGUUGAUCGAGAAGAAACCCUGUGUGGCAGUAUGACCAGUGUGGAGACGGUGACGGCAGUGGGAAAGGUUCUGGUGGACCCCACAGUGGACCUGACCCGCCGCUUCAGAGCCUUAUUCACCCUGAGGAACCUGGGAGGGGCUGAAGCUGUGGAGUGGAUCAGUAAGGCCUUCAGUGAUGAGUCGGCCCUGCUGAAGCACGAGCUGGCAUACUGCCUGGGACAGAUGCAGGAUACAAGUGCCAUCCCCUCCCUCACUGCAGUACUCAAAGACACACAGCAGGAGCCCAUGGUCAGGCAUGAAGCAGGAGAGGCUCUGGGUGCGAUAGGUGAUCCUGUGGUUCUGGACUUACUGAAAGAGUACAGUCUGGAUCCCGUCAUAGAGGUUGCAGAGACGUGUCAGCUGGCUGUGCGUCGAAUGGAGUGGCUGCAGACCGGAGGAGAGAAGCAGCUGGACGAUGGGAACACAGAUAAGAACCCUUACCACUCCGUGGACCCCGCCCCCCCAGCAGUGAGGAAGAGUGUGUCAGAGCUGCGCGUCGCCCUGUUGGAUGAGACCCUGCCACUCUUUGAACGCUACCGCGCCAUGUUCGCCCUGCGUAACCUGGGGAACGAGGAGGCUGUGCUGGCACUGGGAGACGGCUUGCAGUGUUCCAGCGCUCUCUUCCGUCACGAGAUCGGCUAUGUCCUGGGUCAGAUGCAGCACCCGGCAGCGGUCCCGGCCCUGCGCGCAGCUCUGGAGCACUCCGGUGAGAGCCCCAUGGUUCGACACGAGGCGGCAGAGGCUCUCGGCUCCAUUGGCAAAGACGAGUGUCUGGCCGUGCUGCAGCAGUUCCGCAGUGACGGAGAACGUGUGGUGAAGGAGAGCUGCGAGGUGGCUCUUGAUAUGCUGGAGUAUGAAAACAGUGGGCAGUUCCAGUAUGCCGAUGAACUGGUCAGGUUACAGGGUUAAACGUUCUAUUAGUUACUUCAAGGUGCUUUUGCUGAAACUGCUUAUUUAACAGGUUUACUGCUGUCUCUACUAGAGUGGUGCAGUGAUGAGUGAUGUGUUGGCUGAUGUCGAUGUUAGCAUCGCAAGGUCUGCCUUAACAAAAAGCAAUGGGAUUUUUCAAUUGGAUUUUGGAAUAUUGCAUGAACGAAUUUACGAUGCUUAUACUUUUUGUUCAGGAGGAUAAUCCCCACAAUAAACACGACUUUUAUGUUUUUUGAAGCGUAAUUGCAACCAACAGAAACAAAGAGGUAACAUUUGGCUAUAAAUAAACUGCAUCAAGGGUGCAUGACUUUCCCAAAACCUGCUAAAACCGCUAAAGGUGGCUAAUGUUAUCAUGAUGUUUAGUUAUCUCAUUUAGUCGCUUGUUAGCAGCUUUUUAUGACACAUAGAAGCUUCAGAUGUUAACCAGUUGAACAUUUACUGACUUAUUUGAUCUUGUAGAUUAAACAUAAAGAAGCUUGUAUUUACUGGCAUCUAACCAAACACAGGUGCAAUACACCGUUGACCUUAAGAUGAGUGAAUCAGAAGUGGUAAAAUGAUCAUUUCCGGGUUUAGGAAUCAUUCCUGCACCACUCUAUUGUAUUACUUUGUGCAGCUGGACAUCUCAGGGCUGCAUCAAUACAAUUAUAGGAUCCUGUGGGAGGAAGCUUUACAGUUCAAAGUAUGGAACUGUUAAAACCCAGAGAGCAUCCAGAGUUUAUGCUGUAAACUUGGAGCUCUGUUUGGCGACGAGGACUCUUUGUUGCUUCCUCUACAAGACGCCACGGCAUACAUGUCCGCACUAUACUUUUGCUCCUCCACUUUGGUCAUUUUUGUGAUCAGUAUGGACUACAUUUGUAAGUGUGGACAUUGGUUCUGAUCCAGGCCUGCUGUCAGUGCAUUCUGCUUGGAUUAUUUAUCACAAGACAAAGAUCUAUCCCCUUGCUACUGUGGAUUUCCAGUUUGUUGGGAAAUAAAAAUCCCUCAUUGCAGGGAAAGAUCCCAAACUGGAAUCUGCUCCAGAGACUAAUGGUGAAACAUUUAAGUGAAACCAAGAUCUCUCAUGGUUGCUUGGUUACUAAAUGGCUGUAGCAAACAGGUUUGACUUUGUGACUUUAUCCAAGUGUGUAAUGUAUGUAAAAUAAACCCGAUGCUAUAUUCAUUUA